UAACGUAGAAAAGGUCACUCUAGAGUAGUACCUUAAAAUGACUCGUUCAGUUGUCAAUAGAGUUUGUUUUAGCAUAAUUAUUUGUUUUUUGAUAAUGGAAGGUGUCAUUACACGUACAUAUACAAAUUUUAAGGUUCGUGAUAAAGAGAGGUCGUCGCCCUCAAGAUGGCUGACAGAAAAGGCAUUGGACGUGUGGUAUGGAAACAAAACCAUGGUAGACAUUUUAUUUGGAGGAUUGUCCGAUGCGAUUGAAAGGAUUGCAGCAAGGCCCGGUCGCUCAGCAGACAGGGUUAUACCACAUUACCUGAAACUUAUAUUGCAUAAACCAGAAAAUGAAAGUGAAAUUACAACCAAAAGAACUAUACAGGAGCCUAUACCUCCAUACAUUCAAGACAGAAUGCAAAUAAUUUCCAGAGUCGACAUUAAUUUUAUAAGCGAAGAUAAUGAAACAAUCCACACUAUUCAACUAAGACCACAACCAGACAAAAAGUUUGAGCGUCUAAAAGCACUUGCAAAGAAAACAGUAUGAUUUUAUUUUUUAAAUGGACAUAAUAGAAUACGAUGUU